AUGACAAGUAGAAGACUCGAGGAGUCCAUGGGGGCUGUGCAGAUGGGGUUAGUCAGAAUGCUCAAAGGAUUCCAAAGCAAGGUUUUGCCACCCCUGAGUCCAAAGGUGGUUAAAGAAGAAGAUGUAAACCAAAUGCUAACACCCUCGGAGUUCCUGAAGGAAAUGUCCCUGACCACAGAACAGAGACUGGCAAACACACGGUUGAUGUGUCGACCACAGAUCAUUGAGCUUUUAGAUAUGGGAGAAGCAACACAUCAAAAGUUUUCAGAAAUUGACCUGGACCAGGCAUUAUUCCAGCCCUUUCCAUCAGAAAUUGUAUUUCAGAACUACACUCCCUGUGAAGUCUAUGAAGUUCCACUGGUUUUGAGGAACAAUGACAAAAUUCCAAGGAUGGUGAAAGUCGUGGAGGAAAGCUCGCCGUACUUUAAAGUGAUCAGUCCCAAAGACAUUGGCCACAAAGUGGCUCCGGGAGUGCCGUCCAUAUUCCGGAUCCUCUUCACUCCAGAGGAGAACAAGGAUUACGCCCAUAUGUUGACCUGUGUUACUGAAAGAGAAAAGUUCAUCGUACCCAUCAAAGCCAGAGGCGCUCGAGCCAUCCUAGAUUUUCCCGACAAGCUGAAUUUCUCCACUUGCCCUGUCAAAUACAGCACUCAGAAGAUCCUGCUGGUCCGGAACAUUGGCAACAGAGAUGCUAUGUUUCACAUCACCACUUACAAGCCGUUCUCUGUGGAGCCGUCUGUUGGAACUCUUACUGUGGGAGAGUCCAUGCAACUGGAAGUGGAUUUUGAACCACAGACCGUGGGCAAUCACUGCAAACGGCUGAUUGUGUAUUAUGACACAGGUGAAAAAAUGUUUGUAUCUCUGUAUGGAGCUGCCAUAGACAUGAAUAUAAGGCUGGACAAGAAUUCUUUGAUCAUUGAGAAAACCUACAUAUCUCUGGCCAAUCAGAGAACUAUAACUAUUUACAACCGCAGUAACAUCAUUGCCCAUUUCCAGUGGAAGGUAUUUCCUACCCAGGAAGAGGAAGAUAAAGAAAAGUAUAGGGUCUGCGAGGAUCUGAUCAAAGAGGAAAAGGAUGAGACUGAUGAGUUUCUGGAAGAGUUUGUUAGUGAUCCUUUACUCCGAGAACGGAUCUCCAUUCUCUCCCGCACCUUUGCGAAUCAGAGAAGGCUGGUUCAGGCGGACAGCAUACUUUUCUUGAAUAACAUUUUCACUAUUGAGCCUCUGGAAGGUGAUGUCUGGCCCAACUCAUCAGCUGAAGUCACUGUGUACUUCAACCCUCUGGAAGCCAGGCUCUACCAGAUGACUGUGUACUGUGACAUUUCAGGCCGAGAGAUCCGUCUGCCCCUCCGAAUCAAAGGGCAAGGGAUGGGACCAAAGAUUCACUUCAACUUCGAACUGCUGGAUAUUGGAAAAGUUUUUGUUGGAUCUGUACACUGUUAUGAGGCAAUUCUGUCCAACAAAGGCAGCAUCGAUGCCCUCUUCAACGUGAUCCCCCCGACUUCAGCUUUGGGGGCCUGCUUUGUUUUCAGCCCCAAGGAAGGCAUCAUCAAGCCAAGCGGGGUCCAGGCUAUCCAGAUUUCCUUCUGCUCUUCCAUUCUGGGGCACUUCAAAGAAGAGUUCCUGGUCAGUGUCAAUGGGUCACCUGAGCCUGUGAAACUGAUUAUUAGAGGCUGUGUCAUCGGACCCACCUUCCACUUCAAUGUUCCUGCUCUGCACUUUGGGGAUGUUUCCUUUGGGUUUCCUCAUACCUUGAUAUGUUCCCUCAAUAAUACCUCCCUGGUCCCCAUGACCUUCAAACUGCGUAUCCCUGGGGACGGCCAUGAGAGCACUUCAAGCUGUGAGCAGUAUUCAGACACCAAAGGACCCUCUUGGAACAAGGAGGAAGUACCCAUAACGAAACCAAAAGAAUUCACCAUCACCCCUAACAGCGGCACCAUUCGCUCCCAAGGAUUCGCUGCUAUCAGGGUGACCUUAUGCUCCAACACCGUGCAGAAAUACGAGCUGGCCCUGGUGGUGGACGUGGAGGGCAUCGGCGAAGAAGUGCUGGCGCUCCUCAUUACAGCGAGGUGCAUUGUGCCUGCCCUCCGCAUGGCUAACUCAGAGGUGGACUUCGGGCGCUGCUUCCUGAAGUACCCGUACGAGAAGACCAUCCAGCUCAUCAAUCCCGAUGACCUCCCGGGAUGCUACGAGGUCCUGCCCCAGGUGGACCAGGACUCGCCCCCGGUGCUGCUCUCCAGUCCCCGCCCCUUCGGAAUCAUCCCUCCCCAAAGCACCGUCCACAUCCCCCUGGUCCUGGAGGCCCAGGUCACCGGGGAGCACCGGUCCACGGUCUACGUCUCAGUCUUCGGGAGCCAGGACCGCCCUGUGACGUGCGAGUUAAGGAGCAUUGGAGAAGGCCCAGUUAUCUACGUCUAUCCCGACCAGGUGGAUUUUGGCAAGAUUUACGUCCUCCAGGAGUCCUCCAGGAUCAUCAACCUCUCCAACCAGUCCCUCAUCCCUGGGUUAUUUCAGGCACACAUGGCACACAAAAAGUCCCUCUGGACGGUGGAGCCCAGCGAAGGCACCGUUCCCCCGGAAGAUGAUAUCCAACUGACACUGACCGCCAACCUGAAUGACAUACUGAUGUUCAAAGACACGGUCAUUUUGGAAAUUAAAAACAGCAACACCUACCGGAUUCACGUCCAGGCUCUAGGAAUUGGUUCCACCAUUGUUUCGGAUAAGCCCUUUGCUCCAGAACUCAACCUGGGAGCACAUUUUAGCCUGGACACCUGCUACUACCACUUCAAGUUGACCAACAAGGGACGUCGGGUCCACCAGCUAUUCUGGAUGAAUGAAAGGUUCCACCCCGAGAAAAAGCCCAGCAAGAAGGGUGCAGCUAAGAGGAGACUCGCUAAGCGCCCCGGCUCCCGUGAAGCCAACCGCUCCCAGAGCCCCGUGUUUCAGCUCCAGCCCGUCAGGAUGGAGCUGUAUCCAGACCAGACGGUCGAUGUGACACUUGAUGGCUAUUCUGCUACUCCCAGGUUGGUCAAGGAGAAGCUGGUGUGCCAGGCCAUCAUCGGGGCCCAGCGGGAGCGGCGCCUGGUAAUGACCGUGGAUAUCAUCUGUGAGUUCAUAGCGCCGCUCAUCCAGCUCUCCACCAAGAAGCUCGUGUACCGUCUGGAGAAGACACCACAGACUAUCUUGCAACCUGAGUACCAGCCGUUGGUCAUGAAGAACAUUUCCACGCUGCCCGUGAACGUGUUGCUCUCAACAAACAAACCCUUCUUCAUCUGUGACACGGAGAGAUCGCCGUUGCCCCUAACUCCAGAGCCUGUUAAGCUGGAGAUUGAUGAAGAAAAAAAUCUUCUGAUCAAAUUUGAUCCUACCCACAAACGCGAUCUGAACAACUGGGUGGCAGAAGAAAUUCUAGCGAUCAGGUACCUGGAGCACCCUCAGGUAGACAACCUGAGCCUGCGCGGCGAAGUGCAUUACCCCAAUCUGAAGUUUGAGACCAUGGACCUGGAUUUUGGCUGUAUCCUGAAUGACACUGAGGUGAUCCGCUACGUUCCCAUCACCAACUGCAGCCCACUGGCUGUGAAGUUUCGCUGGUUCUUCGUGAUGAACAACGAGGGAAGUCAAAUAAGGUUUGUGAUGAGGCUGGGGAAGCCUGACCGUGCCCGCCUGCCCCAGAUGGAGUCCUCGGCCUCCACCAGCUCGCCAGCAGUCUCCGCGAUCGAAUCCCCUGAGAUUGAUCUAAGUGAUUUUGUUAAGAGCACCCUUGCAGAUGAAGACACUUGGUUUAAAGAAAAAGAACACAGAAGAACAGAAGCGCCCAAGCUGGUCAACUCAGACGGAUUAAAAGGGAACUCUGCUGAAACAGAAAGAAUAGAGCCAAACCAGAGCCAGGUGGAGUUUCAGGAAUCCCUACGGCUCUCCGAACAGGAAGAGAGACUUUCCCUUGGGAUAGAAGAAGUGUUUGACAUCUUGCCCCUGUAUGGAGAGCUGGAGCCGUACCGUAGCUACCAGAUAGCUUUCACCUUUUAUGGACACUGUGACAUGGUCGCCCAGGCGAAAGCUCUGUGCAAAGUGGAAGGAGGGCCCAACUAUGAGAUAACACUACGGGGAGAGGCCUCUGUGGUCAGCUAUUCCUUUGACACCAAGGACAUCAACUAUGGGUUACAGCUGUUCGACCGGGUCACAGAGAAUAAAGUCACACUGAAGAACACUGGGAAAGUCGGCUUCGAGUUCAAGGUGCUGACCAAUUACCAUUCUUCGCCGGACAACCUCAUGCCCGGAGUGCCACUCAUCCUGCCUCUUUCAGGUUUUAUCAGUUCACUUAAAGAGCAGGAGUUGAAGGUUUACUACUUACCUGGAGUUCCUGAGAUCUUUCAAAGAAGUUUUCAGGUACAGAUCGCCCACCUGGACCCGGAGUGUAUCACACUGAGUGGAGAGGGAAUCUUCCCCCGAAUCUGCCUCGAUCUCCCCAGAAACCUCAAAGGAAAUGAAAAGUACGAAUUCUUCUUGAAUCAGGCCAGAGAGAACCUAAAAAAUGAGUUAGACAAAUAUGAAACAUUUAGUCACACAGAGAUCAUUGAGGAAAUUCCUGAGGAUGAGCAUAUUAUGGUAAAUGCCCAGCUCCAGAUGGAAGUAGAGCGACUAAUAGUCCAAAACUAUACCAUGGAACAUCAGAAAACAGUCAUCUACGAUCCCCUGGACGAAGUCGGCCAUCGGGGUCGCCACAGACUAGCCAAGAUCCAGCUGCCAGAGUAUAUCCUAGACUUUGGCCAUAUCAUCCUUGGUGACACCCGAUCACACAUCGUCAAGAUCACCAACACCAGUCACAUCCCAGUGUCCUUCCAUGCGGAAAAGCGCGUCCUUCACGACACAGGCUUUAGUACUGAGCUGGAUCGUGUAAAGCAUCUGCCUUACUGCGAAACGGAAUCAUUUGAAAUGAGAUUUGACUCGCAAGGGACCAAUAAUUUUGUUGGAAACAAAGAAGCCCUUCUGCCCAUCAAAGUGGUUGGAGGGCCAACAGUUCACAUCUGUCUGCAAGUCCACGUGGCCAUUCCCACGAUGACACUGUCUUGUGAAAGAGUGGAGUUUGCCACAAUUCAGUGUGGACAGUGCCUUGUGGAAACUAUUCAGCUCUACAAUCAGCUUCAAGUUCCCUGUGAAUGGUUUGUCGUCAUCCAUAAGCCAUUUAACAAGCUGGAGAAACACAUGCCAAAGUACUUAAGACGGAAGCUACAUACUGAAUUCAAGCCAAAGACACGGAUCUUUGAGAUCCAGCCCACUUCAGGGGUCUUGGAUCCUGGUGAGAAGUAUAAUGUGCAAGUGAGGUUCAUGCCCAAAGAAGAGAAAUUCUACAGUCAAACCCUGACGUUCCAGCUUGCCCGUAGUACUCAGAAGCUUACGCUGCUGGCACAGGGGCAGGGUUUAGAGCCACGCUUGGAAUUCAGUCCUUUAAUCCUGGAGCUGGGGCCACUGCUGCCUUACGCCCCCGGAGACGAGGCCGAGGUGGUGGUGAAGAACCCCUGUGACUUCCCCAUUGAGUUUUACUCCUUAGAAUUUGACCAGCAGUAUCUCGUAGAGGAGAAGAUCUUGAGGUCGCUGAAGGGCUAUGACUCCUACAACACCCUGCUGCUGCCACUCCGCGUCCCCGGGGAGAAGCUGCCCCCCGAGGUGUACGAGUACUUUCGGGAGAUGAAGCAGUCCAAGGAGGAGCAGAUGAAGGCGAAGUACCUGGAGGCUCUGGCUCAGGACAACGAAGACGAAGAUAUACCCAUCUCAGAGGGGAUAGCCCCCUCCAACCUGAAAAGGUCCUCACUGAGCCGAGGGGUCUCUGUGGCAUCCGACCUGGAGGAGUGGGAGGAGGCCAAGGUCAAUCCAGAUGAUGAAGAGGAUGAUGACAGCCUGGAAAAAAUAGUGUUUCAAACUGAGAAGCUACAGAGCACCGACAGCCACUCGGCAGAGGACGAUGGAGAAGUGGAGAACAACCCAGUGACCAAGGCCAUUGCUCGCUACCUGGGCAUCGACGUGUCCGCGGAAGGUCACCUGAAGAACCGGAAAGGCAUCGCGAUCAUCCUCCACGGGACGCCCGUGUCAGGGAAGUCGGCCACGGCCUUGAGCAUUGCCAAGUACUACGGCGCGGCCUGCUUGAACAUCGACUCCAUCGUGCUGGAGGCCAUCUCCGACGGCAUCAACAUCCCCGGGAUCCGGGCCCGGGAGCUCUGCAUCAGGGCGGCCAUCGAGCAGUCCAUGCGGGAAGGCGAAGAGGCUGCCCAGGAGACUGCUUCGAGUCAAGGUGGUGUAGGACAGUCACGAAUGAGCAGUGAGACCCUGGGCAGGUUAAUGUCGGAAACCGCUCUGGUAAACCCCGAAGUGAAAUCUGCAAAGUCCGUACGUGGGAGCAUGCUGCUCGCCAAAAACAAGUUAGAGCAUGGCUCUGGCUCUCAGAAGCAGCAUCACCAGCACGUGUCUGAAACACCGCAGAUCUCCUCCAGCCCUCUCCCCUCGGGGCCCACACCACGAAAGAUUAGCGUCAGCACCAGCAUCGGAGGUGAGACCGGCCUCCUCAGCUGUGUGCUCCCUGAGGAAAUACUUGUUCAGAUCCUGGCCGAUCGCAUACAGCUGAGUGACUGCAGCCUGGGAGUGGUGUUUGACGGCCUCGAGACGCUCUUUGCUCGGAACGCGGCCUUUGCUCUCCUCUGCCUGCUGAAGGCCAUUGGCAACCGGGAGCACAUCUACAUCCUCAACAUGGCCCAGGAUUACGUAGCCAUGAAGGCCCAGGAGAAAGCCAAAAAGGAGCAAGAAGAGCAGAAACAGAAGGAGGCACUCGAAAAAGAGAAGGAGCGUCUCCAGAACAUGGAUGAGGAAGAAUAUGAUGCCUUGACAGAGGACGAGAAAAUCGCGUUCAAUCGAGAGGUUCAGCAGGCCCUGCGGGAGAGGAAGAAGAGGGAGCUGGAGAGGUUGGCAAGGGAGUUGCAUGAAAAGAAGCUACAACAGGAGCUUGAGCGACAAAAGGAAGAAGAUGAGCAAAAAAAGAAGACCAGAAAAACAAAGCAAGUAGCAGCAAAGGACGAACCACCCCUGAAGAAAUCUCAGCCCAGCCGGCAGACUCUUGCCUUUUCCAAAGUAGAAGGCAAGAUGGAAUCGGUAGAAGCAAAAGCUUCUGAGAAGGACCAGGGAGCGGCUGAGAAGGAAGAGCAGAGCAAAAGGAAAAAGAACCAAGGGGUAGAUAACAACGUCCUUGGGUUUCCCCUGGCCCAGGAACAAGAGGACAGCGACGGGGACCUCCAGAAGGAAGCCGACAAGCCUCUGGCCCAGAAGUUUAAGACCUACGAGCUGACGCUGAAGGAUAUCCAGAACAUCCUCAUGUACUGGGACCGGAAGCAAGGCAUCCAGGUGCCUCACGUUGGGGCCGAGGACCUGGCCCACGAGCCCGAUGACCAGCGCCAGGUUCCAUCGGGCGGGCGCAAAGGCCGCAAGGACCGCGAGCGGGAGCGCGCCGAGAAGGAGCGCUUGGAGCGGGAGCGCCUGGAGCGGGAGAGGGCCGAGAGGGAGCGGCUGGAGAGGCUCCGGGCCCUGGAGGAGCAGCCGGAUGGAGGAGAGGCGGACCGGGAGGAGGACCACGAAGGGAAGAAGGACCUGGGUGUGCCAUUCAUAAAUAUCCAGACACCCGACCUUGAAGGCUCCAAGUGGAAGCAAAUCCUGGAGAAUGACAAGCUUCCCAAAGCGGAGCAGAUCCUAGACUACUUGGGCCUGGGUACCUCUGGACUGCCCAUCCCGCCUCCGGUCUUAUUCUCACUCAUCUCCUACCCUCUGAAGCGGCUGCCGUUGGCCUCAACGGAAAUCAUGAAGCAUUUUAUGUUUCUCAUCCCGCUCUCCGAAGAGCUGGCCCUGCUGGAGGAGAAAAGAGAGGCGGAAUCAGAGGCAGACCUCUCAGCGACCACCACCACCACCAGCUCCGUGAAGGAGGAGCUGAACACCUUGUCUAAAGGGAACAAACAGAAACAGAAAGAAAAAACGGACCAGGUACGCGAUACUCUGAAGGACAAACGUCGUAUCGCCUUCAACAGGAAGGGCCUCGCUGGGGCCGUUUCCGGAACCAUUUCCCCCCUGUCGGAAAUGGACCAGAACAACUUGUCUGGGCAGCACUCCCAGGAAAAGUUCAUCAGGUUGAAUCAUUUCCGGUGGAUCGUGCCGGCCAAUGGCGAAACCACGUUGAGAGUGCAGUUCUCUGCUACCGAUCUCGGGAACUAUGACCAGACGUUCAACUUUGAGAUCCUUGGAACUUGCCGCCAGUACCAGCUUUAUUGCCGUGGCAUUUGUGCUUAUCCUUACAUUUGCCAAGACCCAAGAGUGGUAUUCCCUCAGCGGAAGAUGGACAUGAAAACAGAUGAGAUCGUCUUUAAGAAGUAUAUUAUAAGCAUGGACACCUUUUGCUUUGGGCCGCUGCUUUGUGGAAAAUCAAGAGAUAAGUAUAAGUCAUCUUUGUUCCCAGGCAACAUGGAGACACUGACAAUCCUGAACAAUUCCCCACUGGUCACGGAGGUGUUCUUCUGUUUCCAGAAUGAUGUCAAAGCAAACACCUACUUCCUGGAACCCAUGAGCAUGAUUCUCAAACCCAACGAGAAGCAGCUGCUGACCGUGUGGGCCUACCCUACUGCUGUCGGGGUCUUUGAAGACAGCAUAGUCUGCUGCAUCAAGGAGAACCCAGAACCUGCCAUCUUCAAAUUAAGCUGUGAGGGGGUCCGCCCAGAACUGGAUGUGGAACCCAGGCAAUUGCAUUUUGACCGGCUUCUGUUGCACAGAAAAGAAUCCAAACUAGUUCUGCUCCACAACGUCACAGCCCUGCCCGUGGCCUGGCGGAUCACCAGCCUGGAACACCUGGGCGAGGACUUCUCCGUGUCCCUGCCACAGGGCACUGUCCCCCCCAAGGCUGAGUAUAGCCUGUAUGUGCACUUCCAACCCUCCAAGCCUGUCAGCAUCAAGAAGCCGAUUCGAUUGGAGAUUUUGGACUCAGACAACCUUGUUGGAGUUGUUCAGAUUGAAAACAUCAUGAUCAUUGCAGAGUCCUAUGAUAUGGCCUUGGACAUCACCUUCCCCAAAGGAGCUGAAGGAGGACUCGAUUUUGGGACCGUGAGGGUCAUGGAGGAAGUGAAGCAGCCCCUGCAACUGAAGAACCGUGGGAAAUACGAGAUCAUGUACAGCUUUUCUGUGGACUCUGUAGGCCUUACAUCGACCAAUAUAAAUUCUAUGAUCUCAGUCCAACCCAGGAAGGGCUCACUGACCACAACAGAUAAGCCCACAAAUGUCCAGGUGUUCUUCCGUGCAAAAAAGGAAGUGAAGAUAGAGCAGCAGCCGGUCCUGCGCUGUCAGAUCAUUGAGCCCAAUAUGGCAGAUGGAACUGAGAUCAUUGCCAGCAUCCCAAUUAGGUGUUCUAUGAAUGCAGUGUUCUCCAAAUACAGCAUCAGCCCCUCCUCCAUCAUCAACUUUGGGGCUCUGAUCUGUGGCACUCGAAAAAGCACCACCUUCACCAUAGAAAAUCAAGGUAUUACUGACUUCAAGUACACCCUCUACAGGAUGACAGGGGAGAGCGUCGUUCAGAAGAAAACAGUCGGCCACGUGAGGCAUUUAAGAUCCCGGGAAAGCGAGAGCUCCUACAAGAUUGCCCCUUCUAGAGCAACCAAGUUCUCUGAAACUGUUCAGAAAGAGAUAAACAUCUCUAGCCAGCAAGCACGCUACUGCCAUGGCAUGUUCACCGUGUAUCCUGGGUUUGGCACCGUCUCUGCCGGAGGACAACAGAUCAUCACCGUUGACUGCCUGGCCGACCCUGUGGGAAGGUGUGAGGAGUUUAUGGCGAUCGAAAUCUCCGACCGAGACCCCCGAGACCACCCUACUGGCAUUCCUUACAGCCUGUUGGCUGAAGCCUGUGUACCAGCCUUCAUUACGGACAACAAUGCCUCCAUAUUUGAGGAGCACCAGAUCUGCAACAGUGCCAACCUGUACAACAUCCUGCAGACCACAGAGAGCCAGGGGCUGUUUGUGGAGGAUGAGAACAAGUUCAUAUUCAGCAAUGUCCUGGUGGGCCAUCAGGCCAAGGCUCGGUUCAAGAUCAGCAACGUGGCGAAGAUCAGCUGCGAUGUGAGCAUUGUGGUCAAGCCCGUCUCCAACAAGAUCACCGCCCGCAUCACUGACAUCUUUGAAGUGGAACCCAACAAGGUGUGCGUUGCCAGUCGUUCACAUGCCUUUGCCACGGUGACCUUCACCCCCCAGACCAUGCAGGCGUACCAGUGCAUCUUCGAGGCUGCCUUGGACGGCGUGCCCAGCCUCCAGACCAAGAACCGAAGCCUCGUGUUUGAUAUCAUGGGAGAGGGGACCCUCCCUCGGGUGACCAUUGUGCGGCCAAUUCUCCAAAACCAAUAUGGAAACCCCUUGCUCCUCUUUAAGAAGCUUCUUCUUGGCCAUUCAGAGAAACUCCCUCUCAUCCUCAAGAACAAUGGCAAUAUCCCUGCCAAGCUGCAUGUUGACCUGCAGGACCAACUGGAAGUCUUCUCCCUGAAAGGGAGGCCCACGACCUCCUACAUCUACAUCAUAGAGGAAAACAAUCCCCAUGCAAAAGCAAAGAAAGCUCACACGGCCUCCCUGGUGGUUCUUCCUGGAGAGACAGCUGAAUUUGAUGUGGUUUUCCAAGCCCAACAUGUUGGGAGGAUGACAGGCAAAAUCCACUUGUCAGUGAUCGACAACCAGUACGAGGACACAGUCAUCCACGUGGUGGGAGAAGGCUAUGAGGACGACAUCACCUUGGACAACAUCCACGGGCUGGUGACAUCCACCAGUGGGGAGCCCCCGGACACGUCCGAGGUCAUCGAGGACGGAUCCAUGGAAAGCUUGGUGGCAGCUGCUCUGAUGGACCACAUUCAGUUCGGGGACUGCCACAUUGGAAACAGCUAUAAUGUGAGCUUCACAAUCACUAACCACAGCCAAGUGAAUGCGAUUCGGUUUGAAUGGCCCUCUUUAGCUACAAUUACCUUUUCCCCACAGGCUGGCCACCUCCACCCUGGGUGUGCCAAGGAUGUAGUGGUGACCAUGAAGUCGGACAUCCCCAUCAACAUGAAGAAGAUGGAUAUCAAGUGCAAGGUCUCCAAGAUCAUGUUUCAGCAGCCUGCGGACCAGGUGCCCGACUGGGAUGACCGCAUGCGCACAGUCAAGUGGGUGGACGUGCCCAGAAACAUGCCCAGUACUUUCAGUACAAAACGAAAAGUGAUAGAGACGGACCCUGAGCCUGCGCACUCAGUACUGGAAGAGCGCUACCGAGAGUUGAUGCUGCAGGUCAGCGCCAACGUGAACUUCGCGUCCUACAACUGCCAGACGAGCGAUGUGCACUUUAAGGACACGCUAGUUUACCAGACCCGCGUGUUUCAGUUGGAGCUGGUCAAUACAGGAGGUGUGCAGCUGGAAUUCAACUGGAUCGUGGAAGAGGUGGCGAAGGCUGUCAGCUUUGCAAUGCCAGAUAACCAAGGUUCGCAAAAGGAUCUGCUCAGCCAGGGCAGCACCAUGGACAGCGCCACGGAACCCUGGACUGAACCUCCCUUGAUGACCUUCUCUGUGGAUCCCGUCUCCGGCAUUGUGCCCGUGGGAAAGUCUCAGAAGAUUAAAGUGAAAUUCUCCCCGUUGGAGGUUGGAGACUUCGAAAGCACCAUUUCCUGCCAGAUUCCCAAUCUAGCACCCGGAGUGCAAGGCCCGGUCCUAACAGUUAAAGGGCGGAGCUUCUUGCCUAUCUGCCACUUUGAACUGAAAGAGUCGGACUACAUCACUGGUAAUCGGCGCAACCCGGAUCUCCGAGGGCCUGGCGGUGGGCCUCUGGACCCAAACACCCGGGUGAUCGAGUUCACCUGUGUGGGCAUAGGAGGGAAGAAUCUCCGGUCGUUUACAAUCCUGAACCCGACCACUAGCAUCUACUGCUUCCGCUGGGUCUCUGAAGAAACGGAAAGUCUCCAGAACCCUUCAGCCUUCACCUGCCUUACAGAGAAGGGCUGCAUCCAACCUGAAAAGAAAGCCGAGAUUAUCUUCCAGUUCAUGCCUUUGCAUCUGAGAAUCACAGAAGCAUUCUGGACUUUCUCAGUCCCCGAACACAACAUCACAGUCCCUUUCCUGCUGGUGGGCAAAGCCUCUGACCCUCUGGUCAAUCUGGACAAGUCCCACAUCAACUUCUGCUGUCUCCUCAUCGGCCGAGAAGCCCGGGAGACCGUGCACAUCAUCAACAGGGAGGAGCAAGGGUUCAAUUUUGCCUUCCUGGACAGCUCCCGGUAUUCUGAAGGUUUCAUCGAAAACCUGGUCGUGUGUCCCAUGGAAGGCUGGCUCCCGCCGAUGUCCAGGGUACAAAUUGAUGUUUUCUUCACACCAAAGCAAGAAGGAGAUGUGAACUUUAAUUUGAUCUGCAAUGUGAAAAGGAAAGCCCAGCCUGUGACCUUAAAUGUCAAGGCUGAGGGCUACACCAUGAAUGCGGAUGUCAAGUACAAAGACAGGACUGGCUUAGUCACUUUCUUAACUCCCAAUCAGACUACCAUUGUCAACUUCUAUGAGGUGGAGCUGAAUGAAUGUGUCCAGUGUGAGUUCACCUUUAUCAACACUGGGAAGUUCAACUUCAGCUACCAGGCAGAGCUCUCCGGCCCCAAGGCCCUGGUGCAGUACUUAGAGUUCUCACCCAUGGAGGGCAACGUGGACAUAGGGCAGAGUGCAUCCGCCAGCCUGAAUUUCCAACCAUUUAAGAAAUGUGUCUUGAAGGGCCUGGAACUCAGAAUCAAGAUAAGCCACGGCCCGACAUUCACGUGCAGCAUCUCAGGCAAUGCCGUGAGCCCUGCUGUCCAUUUCUCAUUCACCAGCCACAACUUUGGGACCUGCUUCAUCUACCAAGCCGGGAUGCCCGCGUACAAACAGACCCUGGUUAUCACCAACAAGGAGGAAACGGGUAUGAGCAUCGAUUGUUUGUACACCAAUACCACCUACCUCGAGGUGAACUUCCGUGUGGAUGUGAUAAAGCCAGGAAAGUCUAUGGAGAUCCCAAUCACCUUCUAUCCUCGAGAAAGUAUCAGUUACCGAGAGCUCAUCCCCUUCGAAAUCAAUGGACUCUCCCAACAUGUAGUUGAAAUCAAAGGGAAAGGCACCGAAAUGAAGAUUGUAGUCCUGGAUCCGGCCAACAGGAUCCUGAAGUUAGGAGCUGUUUCGCCAGGGCAGGUGGUGAAAAAAACGGUUUCGAUCAUGAACAACAGCCAAGCCCCGGUCACAUUUAGCCAUUCCGUCCUGUUCUCGGUUCCAGAGCUCCGGGAGCCUAAGGUCAUCACCCUGAUACCCUUCAGCCACAUCACGCUGAAGCCCAAAGAAGUCCGCAAGCUGGAGGUCAUCUUUGCCCCGAAGAAGCGCAUCCCCUUCUUCUCCGAGGAAGUGCUCAUGGAGAGCAUGGGGCUCCUGCGCCCCCUCUUCCUGCUCAGCGGCUGCUGCCACGCCCUGGAGGUCUCCCUGGACCAGCAACACAUUCCCUUCGGGCCAGUCGUGUAUCAGACAAAGGCCACGCGUCGCAUCCUCAUGCUGAACACGGGCGACGUGGGUGCCAGGUUUAAGUGGGAUGUCAAAAAGUUUGAGCCUAACUUCUCCAUCAGCCCGGAGGAAGGCUACAUCACCACAGGCACGGAGGUUUCCUUAGAGGUGACCUACCAUCCCACGGAGGUGGGCAAGGAGAGUCUCUACAGAAACCUGCCCUGCUUCAUCCAGGGAGGCCCUACCCUGAGCCUGACCCUGUCUGGAAUCUGUGUUGGACCGCCCGCAGUGAAAGAGACGGUAAACUUCACCUGCCAGGUGCGCUCCAAGCACACGCAGACCAUCCUGCUUUCCAAUCGCACCAACCAGACCUGGAAUCUGCACCCCAUCUUUGAGGGCGAGCACUGGGAGGGGCCCGAGUUCAUCACUCUGGAGCCCCAUCAGCAAAACAAGCCCUAUGAGAUUACCUACAAGCCCCGCACCAUGAAUGUGGAGAACCGCAAGCAUCAGGGCACCCUCUUCUUCCCCCUGCCGGACGGGACCGGCUGGCUAUAUGCGCUGCACGGGACUGCCGAGCCCCCCAAAGCCGUGGCCAAUAUCUUCCGUGAAGUGCCAUGUAAGACGCCCUACACUGAGCUCCUGCCAAUCACCAACUGGCUGAACAAGCCCCAGAGGUUCCGGGUCAUUGUGGAAAUGGUGAAACCAGAGAAGCCAGACCUAAGUGCCACCUUAAAGGGCCUUGAUUACAUUGAUGUACUGUCUACAUCCAAGAAAGACUACAAGCUGAACUUCUUUUCCCACAAGGAGGGACUAUACAGCGCAAAGGUGAUCUUCCGAAACGAGGCGACCAACGAGUUCUUGUACUACGUGGUGAGUUUCAGGGUCAUCCCCUCGGGCGUCAUCAAAACCAUCGAGAUGGUGAGCCCCGUCCGGCAGAGCGCGUCGGCCUCCGUCAAGGUGGAGAACCCCCUGCCCUACUCGGUGACCUUCGCCACGGAGUGCAGGGUGCCUGACAUCAACCUGCCCGCCCAGUUCGUGGUGCCCGCUAACUCGGAGGGCACGUUCUCAUUCGAGUUCCAGCCCCUGCGAGCCGGAGAAACCUUCGGGAGACUAGUUAUGCACAACAAUGACUUGGGUUACUUCCAAUAUGAGCUCAACCUGAAGGCUCUGCCAGCGGUGCCCGAAAAGCCCAUCCACUUCCAGACGGUUCUUGGCAGCGGCCAGAGCAUCUUUGCCAAGUUCAUCAAUUACACCCGGCAGAAGACAGAAUACUACUGCAGGACCGACUGCGUCGACUUCCACACGGAAAAGGUCAUCAGCGCGGCGGCGGGGUCCCAGGGCGGCACGGAAGUUAGCGUGGAAGUCUACUUCGAGCCCAGCCACCUGGGGGAGACCAAGGGCACCCUGUCCCUGUCCUCCAUCGCCGGCGGAGAGUACAUCAUCCCCCUCUUCGGGGUGGCCUUGCCCCCGAAGCCGCAGGGCCCCUUCCAGGUCCGGGCCGGGUACAACAUAGUCAUCCCCUUCAAGAACGUCUUCUACCAAACCGCCACCUACUCCUUCAUCGUGGAGCACCCGGCCUUCUCCGUGCGGGCCGCGGAGUCCGUGCGGCCCAAGAAGAUCAACAGCAUCUCCGUCUCCUUCGAAGGAAACCCUUCCGGCUACAAAACACCCAUCACCAGCAAGCUGAUCGUGUCGUGCCCUCCCGGCGAUGGCAGGGACACAACCAUCAAAUGGGUUUAUUAUCUGAAGGGGGUGACCCCUUAA